AUGUCUCUCCGCCUCGCCCCUCCAGCGUCGCACCCGACCAGCACGACCAACACAGCAGCAACCAAACUCUCGUCCACAAGCAGCGACGGCCGACGGGACAACCUCGAUCGCGGCGCGCCGUCGGCCCCCGGCCUCCCCGACACCCUUCGCUCCUCUCUCCAACCCAGCUUGUCCGCGUCGUCGACGUCGACAGUCACGUCGUCUCACCCCCUUGAAACCCGGCUGCAGAACUGGACGGCGACACAGGAGCGCACGCAGAUGAACCUGCUGCGCCGCAACUUCGGGCUUGCGGAGCCGCUGCGCCGCGGCAUGGAGUUGCACGUGGUGCGGACGAGCGACAGCUUCCGGCCGAGCGUGCUGGGCGCGCCCGCGCGAGUGCACGAGGAUAUCCUGGCGGGCAGGGACACGCAGUUGAGCUGGGAGGAUGUCUACUGUGGCCAGGACGGCAUGAAUCUGGGCCUUAAUACCGGCGGUGACGGCCAGGGCGUCGGUUGGACCGAGGAGAUGGAGCGGAAGGUUGGUAUGGGCAAGUGGUAG